AAGGGUGUCCACCGCCGACAGCAGUGACUAAUCCCUUUCGCUGCGGGAGCUCUCCCAAAGGAGGUAAACAGCUGGCCACGAAAUGUGCUCCAUUCCCAUGGGCGGGGAUCGAACUCCCAACCUCAUGGUUAAGGGAUGAGGUUUCGUUAAUUAAUUUCUGUUAGUCUGCAGUUAGCAAGAAGCAAGCAUCGGGCUCCAGCUUAUCCAAAAUGGCGGCUACUCAACUCUGAAGCUGAGCUCCUAAUUAAUUUUGAUUGCAAAAUGAAAUCUGCUCACUUCUCACACCUCUCAGCCCCAAUCCGUGCCCAAAAUCCUAAACACACUUCUUCUUCUUCAGUUAAUCUUCUCCGGCCCUGCAAAUUCAGCUCUGUUUCUCUGACCUCGCCUUCAAAGCGGUCCCGUUUAUUCACGCUUUGCGCUUCCAAUUCCACUAAAACGUCGUCUUCCCUGUCCGAACCGGCCGUGACGGACCUCACCAAGGAUGCUUUUCUUCAAAUCGAUAAUGAUGUGUCGCAAGGUCCAUUGAAUGUGGAAGUCAGAAACCCUAGCGUUCCGAGUCCGUCGGUGGCCAAAUUGAGCUUGAGCGACCAAGCUUUCUUUCUCCUGACCUUCAUCGCCUGCACGACUUCUGUUGCAUUUAUGAGCCUUGUAAUUGCAGCUGUACCAACGCUUUGUGCAAUGGGGAGAGCUGCAGUAUCUCUUUCAAAGCUGGCGGAUACAGCUCGUGAAGAACUCCCUAGUACUAUGGUUGCCAUUAGGCUUUCAGGCAUGGAAAUAAGUGAUCUUACACUGGAACUGAGUGAUCUAAGCCAAGAGAUAGCUGAUGGGGUCAGUAAAUCCACUCAAGCUGUUCAAGCUGCGGAAGCUGGGAUUCGGCAGAUUGGUUCACUUGCUCGACAGCAGACUAUGUCUAUGAUUCAAGAGAGGGCGAGCCUGCCCAUCAUCUCUUUGCAACCUGCUGUUGUUGGAGCAGCAAAGAAGACUUCUCGUGCUGUUGGCCAAGCCACCAGGACGCUCAUGAAUAUAAUCUCUCGAAGGGACUUAGAGAAUAAGGAUGACAUUGGAAUUGAUAGGGUGGAAAUUUGAGUUUGCCGCACUUAAAAUCAGUAACUUUAUUCUCACCAACUUUGUGCACAUACUUGUAUGUACUCCAUUAUUUCCACCCUAAACCCUAAACCCGUUUGUGAAAUAGUUUACACUGAAAAGUUUGCGCCCUUGAUACAGCUUGUAGAGCAGUUAUUGUAAGUGCAAAUGCCCCGAAGUUAGGGAUAAGUCGUCAAGAUACCGUUGACUUCAUAGUAGCUUAUAAGCUCCCAUUGCAGUGGUGGUCCAGUUCUUCGAAUUCAAGCUGUCAAAGGAGUAAGAAGUUCCUAAGCUCCUAUUGUGAUGCUGGUCCAAAUGUGAGAUUCCUAUAUUACCGUUCCAAACUAAGGUUGGCCGGUACAACAACAUUGAUGAUGUAAUGGACUCUUUGUGGUACAGAGGUGCUGUAGAACCGAAAGAAAAAGAAAUUGCAGAGAGAGAAAUGAAAAAGAGGAUAAGUUUAUUGUUCA